AUGCUUCCUGCGCUGGGCGACUUUCCGCUCUCUCCAUUCGUUACGUACGAAGCCUGGUCGCAGUCGAUGUUCGAUCUUGCUUCGGGAGGUCGAUUAGACCAGAGUGUGGAGUUUGCUUCUUCCGUCCGAACCCCGGAUCCCUUACUCGCGCCUGGCCUUGCUGUUGAGCCGUCCGUAUCGAGGCUUGGUGACGCAUACGGGGACACUCGACUGAACAUUGUUGCCGAAUCGAGCUCGACAGCUGAGCCAAUUCUCGGUCAAUAUCCUUACUUUGUGGAGAAAGUAGAGUUUCCCUUUAUCUCCACGUUCGACGGAGAAAAUUGGGCUCGCAUAAAGCGUUACAUGGUAAUGUUGAGCGCUCGAAGCCCCGUCAUAGCUUCUGCCAUAUCUGCAGUCGAGGCACUUUCCAAAGCCGAAGAUCUGGGGCACGAGACGUCCGAUGCCAUCGCUCAAUACCACGCUGCGAGAGCAGAACACGCGAAAAUGUUGCGGUUCCAAGCGCCCGAUCUCGAAUGCACAUUUCUCGUUAUGGCGUUAUUAGCGUGUUUUGAGGCCAUCUCGCAGCAAGACACCGUCCCGAUUAUGAUGAAGUCUGAGGGACCUUUUGUGAUCAAGCUUGAGCGUUGGAUCCAGCAGCGACCGUGGCCGCCAGUGGUAUGCCGCAUUGAGACGUGGCUGAAGUUAUUGCACGUCAAGGCUUUGCAUCUAGGUGGAAGAGGCUUUAUGUCGGCCAAAGUCAGCCACCUCUUUUCCUGCAAUUCAGGUCCGGCACCCAGUCUCAUUUUCCUGGACCGAGACCCUCUUCCAGCCUCAAUCCUCUACGACGGUCUCGCGUCCCCUCUAUUCGAAUUUUAUAUUCAGACACAGCAAAUAGGUGCUCUCAUCUGCGGUCUGAAUCGACAUCAUCGCUCGAGGGGCACUUUGGCGGAUGAAAGCGAGGUGGACCAAAUGGCAUCGAAGAUUCGACAGCAGCUGGCCUUGUUGCGUCAGCAGGCACCGAGUCUUCUACGGCUAAGCCGCGAACAGCUCCAGACUGUUGUUCCCGAGUCGCUUCUUGACCGUUUGUCAAUGCUCAUAGAUUUGUGCAACGCUGCAUAUCAGAUCGAGAUCGUUGACUUAGGGCGGGCACAUGGCCAGUGGCUGAUUCCAACGCCAGAGGCUCAGGAAGCGCUGCGGCAAGUGCGUCGAAUUGUCGAUGAGAAUGUCACACGGAAUAACGGCGCCGUGAACCCAGGGUUCAUGUGGCCUAUCUUCUUCUAUGCCCUCGAAGCGGAUCCAGAGGGAGGCAACUGGGCUGUGCAGAUGCUUGAGCGUGUCAAAAAGCCCAUCUAUCAGAGUGAUUUCAUGUCACGUUUUCUGGCUGCCGUGGUGGAGCUGCAGUGCCAGAGAUCUGAGCGGGUUGACUGCCGCUAUUUGUGUACCCAGAGGUUUGGCAUUGCUCCUCCUUUCAUCUGA